AUGGUGGCCAUGGCUGGCAAAGACUGUGUCGGAAUUGCCGCGGAUCGUCGUUUGGGCGUUCAAUUGACGACUCUGGCGACGGAUUUCCAAAAGGUCUUUCAAUUGAACGACAAGUUGUUUGUGGGUUUGGCCGGAUUGGCGACGGACGUUCAAACGCUGCAUCAAGAAUUGCAAUUCCGAUUAGGCUUGUACAAAUUGAAGGAAGAACGAGAAAUGACACCGCAGGUCUUUUCGCAUUUGUUGUCGCAACUCUUGUACGAAAAACGCUUUGGUCCCUACUUUAUCGAACCCAUUGUGGCUGGAUUGGAUGCCAAGGGCAAACCGUUCUUGUCGGGAAUGGACUUGAUUGGAGCCACCAUGACGGCCGAAGACUUUGUCGUGUCGGGAACUUGUACUGGUAAUUUGCACGGCAUGUGCGAAUCGCUCUACAAACCCGAUAUGGAUCCCGAUACACUCUUUGAGACACUGGCACAAUCACUCCUCAGUGCCGUUGAUAGAGAUGCCAUUUCUGGUUGGGGAGGAGUCGUCCAUAUCAUUACCAAAGAUGGUGUCACCACCAAGGAACUCAAGGGACGUCAAGAUUAG